GGAAGAUUUAAGUUAGGAUUUAGCUUCCUGGUUGGGCUUUGCGUUGGCAACUCUUUAAUUAAAAACAGCUUCUCAAAUCACCAUACACGAUCCGUGCCCCCUCAGUCCAACUUCAGGUUUCCCUUCUUCACUGUACGACAGUCCGGGGUGUCACAGCUGCGACAUAUAUAACUAGCUACGCAUGCUGGCCUACGCCUAAUUCCAACAAUAUAAAGCUUGCACUCCUCCCGCAGGUCUACCCGGCGGAACAUGUAUGAGGAUGAUUGCGACUCGCGUACAGCCUCUGUUGGUUUGCUGAGGACCCGAAAAAAGCACGCCUUCUCUGAAUCUAAGAAAAUAUCCUCUAUAGGGACAUCUGAGAAACGCCGAUCAGGAAAGAAUCUCACGUUAGGUCGUCGCGACAUUCAAGACUUUGUCCCCAAAGGCACAUCAUUUACCUCUACACUGCUAGAAGUUGAUAGCUCAUCUAGCUCGAGUCCCGAUACGGCCAUGGAGAAUAAAAGCAGUGAUGACACCACCACGGACCUCGUGCCAUCAUCCGUUUCGCCGCCCGCAUCUCGAGGAAUGGCACCCGCAAUGAAUUGGAACAAACUCAGUAAAGGCACUGUCAGGACCGCUCUUCGUGGGCGACGCCAAGCGGACACGCCUGAUUCAUCUGCAGCAAAUUCAUUUGAGGCUGUCAAUGGGAAAUACUGGCGCAGUCGGAGUGCGUCUGCUUCGUCUGCCGGAAGUGGCGAUGGUGAGCAUCAUCGCCGAAUGCACGGACAAGGCCAAAGCGACUCCGAAACAGAUGCUUGUCGGAGUAAGGCUCAUGUCGGAACGAAUGUAGGCCAAAAGACUUUCACUGCAGAGUUCUCUGAUAUGGAUUCUGGAGAUGACACGGAUGGCAAUAAUGACAUCGUUCUUAACCUGAGUGGUUUGCCUAAAACAGAUGAGAGGAUUGAGGCCACUGGGGAGCUACAUGGUCCUGGCCGUGAAAUGGCCCACCAAGGUAGCGACGUGCCAGGCGUUCAAAAACUUAAUGGGGAGAUUCUCAGCGAACCACAUGGCUCGAACCUCUCUGUGCAAACUGAAAACAAACUACCAGAAGACGAGAUUUAUUGUGAUGGUAAUAGAGGAAACGCCUUGUCUGGAGGCCCAAAGGCCGAGGCGAUUCGUUUGUUUCGCGCAAAGUACCCUUCAGAUCCCACUACCCUUGCUGAUCUCACUCGUGUUGAUUUGGAGACUCAGGCUAGGUAUAUAUUUCUCGAUUUGGAGCCAGAAGAUCUUGACCUCAGCCUGCCCAUAACAUGUAUUGAUUGUAUGAAGGAAGGUCAUCUGGCGGAUAUCUGUCCCAAUAAGGAGUGUGAACAUUGCGGAGCAUGGUCUGUUCAUGAAAGUCGAUUUUGUCCUUCCCGGCGAAGAUGCCAACGUUGCAGAGAACGGGGUCACGACGCAGAAGCGUGCUCUUCUCUUUUGAAAGGCUCAGCCGCGGAAGAACCCUGUGACUUUUGUGGUUCCGGCGACCAUACCGAGUGCGAAUGUGACUUGAUAUGGAAGCUCCCCAAGCGAAACCCAACCUCAGGCCGCAUAUUUAUUUCCAUAUCCUGCUGUCACUGCACGAGUAAUCGCCAUCUGGUCGGAGAUUGUCCUACUCGCAACUUUCCAAUGAACUCUUCUUCCUUCAGUCUUAAACAUUUUGACCCCUCAAUGUUCUCCAACCUAAACACCUUCCCUGUUACCAUUUCUGGCAAGGGAACUAGUAACCAGAGAAAUUCUGGAUACAAGAUCAGAGGCCGCGCGAGAGGCCAUUCACCAUCUCCCGAGAGCGAUGGAGCUUUCGGACAACCAGAUAGUUGGAACCCAACAACACACCGUUCACCUCCACGUGGACGCAUACGCUUCAGCAAUGGAAUUGGGCGUGGCAGGAAUCUUGAUGAUGAUACACGUCGGCCCCAAGGCUCCGGGAAGGGACCGCAAAACCCUAAUGAUUAUCGCCGUGAUUAUAGAGAACGAGACCAAUAUUUCGGUAACAAUACGCGUCAACGCUCUCUGUCGCCUAUCCGACCUUCAACCCGUCAAGGCAACGGGGCAAGCAGUUGGCAACCUAGGGCUAGAGGUGGUGGUAAUGGUGGUGGAGGUGGAUCUCGAGGUCGUGGAAGAGGGGUCAAAAGGGGUUCAAAUAGGGAAACAUAUCGACCUAUGCCCAGCGCGGCUCAGAAAGCAUGGGACCAACAUAGACUCUGAAAUGACAUGGAAGAAUUGAAAUACUGCAUGGACGUUUAGCUGACUGCAUCUUGGCGUUUCUGCGUAUAUUAGAUGCCAUUCUGCUUCUUCUGUUGAGAUACCUAUCUGGUAACAAUCAUGCGGAUUUAUGUUUUGAUACUAUGCUAUAUUUAUCUCCGGGUUUUCAGUGAUAUUAUCACAUAUGACAAAAUGAUGCCAAAACAAUGGCGACUAUCAGACUCUAAUUGGAUAAUUUCAACAUCGUCGUAGAUAUUCUCCAGGGCACUGACAACCAAACGGACAUACCACUUCCUUUACCCUAAAUACCAUGGGACUGAACACCAAGGCCUCUCCACGGUCUUCUAUCUGUAAUGUCGGAAAUAUACAUCACCGUACCCAUGUCUGCAUAAUCCUAGAGAUUCUCCACAGAAUCCGCAACCCCAUCCUCCAAGAUGGAAAUUAUGUCAUCUAGGCGCUCAACGCAGAAGUGCGUAUGCUCAUGCUCCUUCACGGCUUGAUUGUGGUCGUUUAGUAGGAGGAUCGUAGCAGCCCCUGCUAGGUGACCAGCUGUCAUGUCGUCAAGACUAUCGCCGACCUAUAUAUGUAUAAUUGUCGCAUUUUAAGUUUUGUGUAUUUCUUGUAUAAUUGAAUUCAGAUGCCGAUGACGCUAUAUAGCUGGGAUAUGUUUCAAGGGAGGAAUAAAAUCCACCAUUAUUGGAAAAAUUAAGCUUGUAUAGUUUACGUACCAUGAUCAGCUCUUCUGAUUUUAUGCCCCAUUCUUUAGCUAUAUGUAAAAUCCCUGCCGGAUCUGGCUUUGGGAGUAUGUCUGGAGUGUCGCGGGUUAUGAUUGGGAGGAAUUCAUGCGUUGGGAGGUGAGUUGUUAGAAGGUGGUUUACAGGGGUUCUAUAAGAAGGGCUAUUAGCAAAU